GUCAACUUCCGGGAGAUACUCGCUGCAGUGAACGUUUUGCUUCUUUUUCGCGUACUACAGACGUGUUCACAAUAUCGUCAUGUUUAAUAUAUUCGUAACUAUUGAUCGUCAGAAAGUGCGUGUAUACGAAGCAUGUGCAAGUGAUACAAUUUGUUCAAUUAAGGAGCAAAUUACUAAGGAAAUCAAGAAAGGUGACUUUUACUUGGUUUGUAAUGGACUUAAGGUGGCAGAUGAUGCUAUUCUCCAUCAAGAUCAAGUUUAUCAUGUUUGCCAUAGAUUACCAGGAGGAAAGGGAGGUUUUGGUUCUAUGCUGCGGGCCAUUGGUGCACAAAUAGAGAAAACCACCAACCGAGAGGCCUGCAGGGACCUCAGUGGCAGAAGGAUGAGAGAUAUAAACAAUGAGAAAAAGUAUGAUGUGGCAGAAGUUUAUGUUGACAAAUCUGUAAAUGAGAGAUGUCUCCAGAAAGCUAAGCCCUCAGCAUCUGCAACAGUCACUCUUUCAGAUAUGUCAAGAAAGAGAAAGAUGGGGGAUACGGAUUCAGUGGACAUGAAGAAGAAAUGCAAGGAAAUGCUUGGGCUUGACAUGGAAGACCUCAGUGACUUGAGUAGUGACUCUGACAGUGAAAGUUCUUCUGACUCUCAACCAAGUACAUCAAACACUGGGCAUAGUAAUGGAAGCAAAGCACCUGUUGAUUCAGAUUCAGACACAAAUGUCCCUGGACCAUCAGGUGGAUAUUCAAAUCUUGGAUACAACUACAAAGAUGGCAGCAAGAGUCCCUCAUCCAAACCUGGUCCUUCUCAAGUAAAAGGUGAUCUCAACUCUGCAAGCUCUUCAGUUAGUAGUACAGAUAUUGGUCAACCUCGGGUACAAGACAAGACUACAGAACAAACAUCUCCUGGGAGUCUCUUUUCCAAUGCAACUAAAACUGUGAGUGGGGCACAAGGACUUCUUGGUCAGCUCCCAUCUCCACAGGGACAGGAGAAGAAACCAGUAGAACAGGGGACUAAAGAAAAUGUAACAGCAGUGGAUCCUGUCAACCUAGAGGAAUUCGAGUCUCAAGAAGCCCUGGAACAGCUUGGCCUGGAUAGACUGAAGUGUGCACUGAUGGCUCUUGGACUAAAAUGUGGAGGAACCCUCCAAGAGAGGGCUAGCAGAUUGUGGUCCGUAAAAGGAAAGACUCCAGAUGAGAUUGACCCAGCCCUAUUUGCAAAACCAACCAAAAAGAAAGGAUCCAAAUAGAGACUCAUUUCAGACAUUUUAUUGUUGACAUUUUAAAUGUAGAUUUCUCUAAAUAAGAAUUCAAUAACGAGAAAAGUUCUUUUAGAGUUUAGCUACAUAUUUGACAUUGAGGGUAUUUUCAUUAUUAUUAAAUCUGUCUGAAUAUUUGACCGCAUUACAUAAGCACCAGCCAGGAGUAUUAUUUAUUAUAUACCACCUUGCUAUGAUGACCUCUUUAAGAAUGAUAUUUUAAAGUAACAAACAUAUUUUUGUUGUUGAUAUUUUAAAUGUAGAUUUCUCUAGAUAUAAUUAUUCAAUGAUGAAAUAAUGUGGAAAAAAAUAUAACUUAAGCUGCAUAUUUGACAUUGAGGGUACUUUCAUUAAUAUUUUAAUUAUCUGGAUAUUUCACCACAUAAGCACCAACCAGAAGUAUUACCUAUCUUAUGUUUUGCCAAGACAUUCUCUUUAACAGUGAGAUUCUAAAGUAACAAAUUGUGUAAAACACCACAUAUAUGAAAAAUUGGUCCCAUGUUAAAGACAGAAUAGAAAAAUAAACUUAUAUAGCAUAUAAACUAUGUAAACCAAUUGUUCAAUAUUAGAAACUUUAAUAUAUUUCUUAAAAUAUUAUACCUGUCAUAAA